CCCUUACUGCAAUAUCGUAGCUUUCUUCUGCCAAAGAUCUUUUGUUCUGUCGAUUUUCCAAGCUAUAUCUUCCAUUUCAGCGACGAAUUUCUCACCGAUCUCUGGCACCUUUAAGAAAGGUAACGCACUCGUUACGGUUUUCCUUUCACGAUGAUCUUACGGGGAGGAUGACGGGAUGACAUCGAGCAAUAGAACAGCGAACGUAGUCAUAAGAUAAAAGAGGGAUUUGAUAGGUUUCAUACCGGGGGCGUGUGCUGGCUUUAGCGGAUUCUCUUUAUCUCAAAAUUUUCAGUUGGAUCCUCAAUGAUUGCUGCAGAUUUGUGAGCUUAUGUUCCGCUCUGGAUUAAUUGAUUAGAAAACGAGCUGCCCACGGGAUUGCCUGUAGCGGAGGGGGAUUCGGAUUCGGAUUCGGACGCGUAAGAGAUCGCGAUUUGGUGGUGUCCAUACUUCGAUUGAUCCAAUUCGUCCAAUUAACAGUUUUAUGUCCAAAAGAAGUUACACGUGUGAUUUAAUAAUUUUUUGGGUGACUCGACAAAGUUGGAUGGACUGAAGGCAAUACGAAAGGAGCAAAAUCAAUGUGCAGCUGAGGUUUCAUCGUCAGAAGGUAGACGAGAUACCAUAAGGGCCCAAUAUCUUGAUAGCACCUUUGUCUUCGAAUGAUGGUUAAUUAAGUGAGAAUUACUUGAGAUUGAAUUCUGAUUUUGUGAAUAGAUGGAAAGUUUUGUAAUCUGUUAUGCUCGGUGAGAAUGAUUUGGUCAAAAUGAGUUAAAUAGGUAAAUUCAAGUCAAACUGAUUCUGAACCCACCUAUUUGCAACUGCCAGUUCAUAGACCCAUUAUAUACAUCAGCAUUUCUAUUAUUAGCCGGUGCAGGAGACAUUUCAGAGAGAGAACACUUAUGGAUCGGAGAGAGAAUCGAUCUCCCCAAGGCGAGACUGCUCGAAUUCUGGUGGAGUUCUUAGAGGUUGCCAUCACUUCCAUUGUUUACCUCAAGGGACUCUAUCCUUCUGGUGCCUUUGAGAGGAGGAGAUAUUUGAGUUUGGUUGUCCAUAGAGCUCGGCAUCCUCAACUCAGGGAUUAUAUCCAUAUGGCUGUAUCAGGGCUUCAACCUUUCAUUGAAAAGGGACUGAUAGAGAGAGUAGCUGUUGUAUUCUUUGACACUGGGAAUAUCCCACUGGAGAGAUUCAUUUUGAAGUUCUCAGUAAACCAGUCAUGUGGCUCAAAGGUGGAAGAUGUUGAGCUAGAAUUUUCUCUUCGAUCAUUUUUGAUCAAGUUGUCUGUGUCCCAACCCCUGACUAGUGCUCUUUCUCAAGUAGAUUGCAGGUGGGAGAUCGUAGCUUACUUUUGUACGAUUCCUCAGGCCAAUGUGGGCAACACUGCUGCAUUGUGGAUCCCGACGGAUACAAAGCAGUGGCAGCAGCCUCCACUCAUAACCCCCAUCAAGUCAAUGAGCAGUGAACCUUUGAAUGUCCAGUUAUAUUUGGAGCAUCCAAGUUUAUCCAAGACGAUGAACUCCAACCUUCAACGAUAAUCACGUUAUGUGUAACAUGUAAAUUAGUUGGCACUAAGUAGAAUUUGACAACUUCCUUCCAUUUUGAUGGAAAUAAUGAGUU